AGCAGGAGUAACAGCGUAUCGUUUCUAAUCUCAAGUGCCUUGACCUCCGGCAGAACGGACUCAACGCAACGGUGCGGUCGUCCGUCGUUGUUUAGUAGCGAGUGGUGCCGUCACAAUGUCAGAUCGCACGUUCCUCGGACUCGAUUUGAGCACACAACAGUUAAAAGCUGCUGUGGUUGAUGAUAAAUUAGAGAUAAUCCAUCAGGCAUCAGUAAUUUUUGACUCCGAUCUACCGGAAUUUCGGACACAAGGCGGCGCCGUUAUUGAUAAAAGCACUCCGAGAUGCAUAACGGCGCCCACGAUAAUGUUUGUCAAAGCCCUCGACAUGGUAAUGGACCGUUUGACCGUUGCGGGUGUCGACUUCUCCAAAAUCGCUGCCGUUUCUGGAAGUGCACAGCAACACGGAUCAGUUUUCUGGCAAAAAGGCGCCGAAAAACUGCUCAAUAAUUUAAAUCCGAGUGAGUUUCUACAUCUCCAACUCUCCACAAGUUUCUCGAUAAAUCAGAGCCCCAUUUGGAUGGAUUACAGUACAACGAAACAAUGUAAACAACUCGAAGAAGCCGUUGGUGGGCCAGAGAAAUUGGCUGAAAUCACCGGUUCUCGAGGGUACGAAAGAUUUACAGGAUCUCAAAUCGCCAAAAUAGCCCAAACAAAACCAGACGCUUUUAAAGUUACAGAAAGGAUUUCUUUAAUUAGUAGCUUCCUGACAUCACUAUUUCUGGGCAAAAUUGCCCCUAUUGAUAUAUCGGAUGGAUCUGGUAUGAAUCUGUUAGACAUCAAAACAAAAAAGUGGAAUACUACUCUUUUGGAAGUGUGUGGCAAAGAUGUUUUGGGUAAACUGGGUGAAGAGGUUGUGCCUUCGAACGCAAAUCUUGGGAAAAUCUCUAAUUAUUACGUGGAAAGAUACGGCUUCAGUCCCGAAUGCAGAGUUAUUGCAGGAACUGGCGACAAUCCAGCAUCCCUUAUAGGCAUGAGAUUGCAGGACGGUUGGGUGGCAGUAAGUCUCGGAACAAGCGACACAGUCUUCUUGUGGCUGAACGAACCAAAAGUUGUCUUGGAUGGACAUGUUUUAUGUAAUCCAGUCGAUCCUAAUGCUUAUAUGGCUUUGCUUUGUUUCAAAAAUGGCUCGUUGACACGCGAAAGGAUAAGGGACAAGUGUGCUGAAGGAUCAUGGGAUAUUUUCGAUCAAUUAUUGAACAGUACUCCCAGAGGGAAUUUCGGAAAUAUGGGAUUGUAUUAUGACGUUCAAGAGAUUCUUCCGUUUUUACAAGGGGAUUAUAGAUACACCAAAUCCGGGUCUGUCGCUAAAUUCACAAGUCUGGAGGUGGAAGUUAGAGCUGUCAUUGAAGGACAGUUUCUGGCUAGAAGAGCUUAUGCCGAAGAUUUCGGAUUCAAAUUCGGUAAAGACACAAAAAUAUUGGCAACAGGAGGGGCAUCUGCAAAUAAAGCAAUUUUGCAAGUUAUGGCCGACGUAUUUAACGCCCCAGUAUAUGUACAAGAGGCUGCAAAUUCGGCGAUGUUAGGGGCAGCCUACCAGGCAAAGCAUGGACUUCUCCAAGACUCCAGUAACUAUUCAGAGAUAACGUCGUGUCUCCCACCCCCGGAAUUGGCGUGCGAACCUUACGGAGACGCCGCCGAAAUUUACGAACCUAUGUUGGAACGAUACAGGGCAAUAAUAAAGAAUUUGGUACCGUCAGAUUCGUAACUCAAGCAAUUAAUCUUGUGUUCCUCAUGUUUUUACCUUUAUACGUAACAUUAUGCAUUCCAAUUUUGUAAAUACGAUUUGUUUUUAAUAAAAAUGUUGACGAAUA